AUGGAUGUGAGCAAAUUGUUCAAGCUACCGUCUGUACCGGCGUCAGCCAUCAAUAAGCGCAAAUGGACGGCACCACCGCCAGGUCCAAAUGCACAGGGAAGUGUGGUGGAUAUAGACCAUGAUAAACAUGAGGCGCCUGCGACGCAACACGCCAAACGAGCGCGCGUCACAACGGUUGACGAGGACCUUGAGAUCGAACGCGAGGGCGGCGGCGGCGACGACGACGACAACGACAACGACGACGGCGAGUACGCAACGGAAGAUGUACAAGAUGUGCCAGAUGAUGAAGAUGAAGAGGGAGGUAGAUUCUUUGGGGGUGGGCUGAAUGCGGAACAGCAACAGAUUUUAGACAUUCUACAUCGCGACACGGAGCACAAUGUGGCAGAUGAUACACAACAUGCCGAAGAUGACGCCGCCCAUGCCCGUCGACUUUUUGUUCAGCUGGAGAAAGCUAUCAAUAAGAAUGAGGAGAUGCGGUUGAAACAUGCUGAUAAUCCACACAGGUUUAUUGAUUCAGAAGUGGAUCUGGAUGCAGCUAUCCGCGAACUCGUCGUGCUGACGACGAACGUGGCUGUGAUGUACCCAGCGUUUGUGAAGCACGGAAUGGCAACCAGUCUGGUGGGUCUCCUAACGCAUGAGAACGUGGAUAUUGCGGCUGCAGCGAUGGAAGUGAUAGCCGAGCUGGUAGACGACGAUGUCGUGAGUCUGGAAGGCAGUACCGACGAGAUGCAUGCACAGGCAAGAAACGCUAGAGAGGCCAUGAUGCUUGCGCUCGCUGAACAUCACGUAACAGAUCUGCUAUUGUCGAACUUGAUACGCUUGAACGAUGCACCGCCCAGUCAGGAAAAUGCAGAUCUUCGACAGAUGGAGCACUACGAAAGUGAUGCAAAGGCCGUCUACUACAUCCUCAGUAUUCUGGAGAGUCUUAAGACAAGACAUAUUAACACCGAAGUGUUGUUUCCAUGGCUGCUGAAGCGGAUCCUCCGUCCCGGGCGCGUCGAUCAGAACCAGGCGUAUGCCGCUGAAUUGCUUGUCCUGUGCUUGGUUGACGACGAAAAACAGAGGCAAGUUCUUGCAAAGCAUGGUGGCGUCGAUGCACUCCUGCGUGCGAUGUCCAAGUAUUUGCAUCGACCGUUGCACGAUGCGGACGAGAUCGAGUACUUCCAAAACCUCGUGGACGCCAUGGGCUUCUUGCUCCUGGACGUGGUGAACCGGGCGACGUUUCUCGAAUGCGAAGGCGUUGAACUCAUGCUACUUCUACUGAAAAGAAAGCGGCGCGUGCGCACAGGCGCACUUACGUUGUUGUGGGCCGUCACGCAGAACGGCGGAGGUGCAUCGGCUUGUGAGCGACUUGUCGAUGCUGGUGGGCUCAAAGCACUAGGAGCACUGCUUAUGCGACCCAUUCAGCAGAGCGCCUCUGAUGCCUCUGGAAUGGGAUCGCUGGACAAUGGGAGCUUGGCAGCCAUUCUCGGUAUUUUGGAGGCCAUGCUGUACAACUUGCCGAGCGAGUCAGAAGCACGUGUGCGGCUGCUCAGCAAGCUGAUGGAGCAAGAGUACGGGAAAAUCGACCAGGUGCUUGCGUUACGUGAGUCGGCGCGUCGCCCGUUAGCCGCGAUGGCGCCUGAAUUUGAGCGGCUACGCCGAGAGUAUGCGGCGAUGCCAGGGGCACGCCAAGAAGACGUGCAGGAAGCGAUAUAUGCGGACAAGAUCGAUUCAGGCUAUUGGCAUGUACUGGAACGAGCGAACUAUGUACUGGCAUGGCUCAUGAUGGAGGAUGACGAUGCACAAGCGCACAUCCGAAGACGACUAGGAAACACAUGGACACAGAUCAUUGAUGAGCUGGACGAGUCCUUUACGCAUUACGACAACGAGCACGAGCUCCGAGGAGCCGGUGGCGAGACGAUCGCCGAGAUCACUCACGCGCUAACCGAGUACCUACGUUCGCUGGUGUGA